AUGACCGUCUGGAUUAACUUUCCGGUGGUGCUGGCAUUCCUGAUCCUUGUGUCUAAGAAGAACGGAAGCUAUGGACAGGAGACGGAAGCCACCUGCUGUGCACAGCUAAAAGGCUUAUCCCAAUGUGGAGCAGACAAGGUUUUCUUCCAGGGCCAGCCAGGCACACCAGGACUUCCAGGAGUGCCAGGAAUCAACGGAUUGCCUGGUGCUAAGGGUGACUCAAGCCCUCAGGGCCCCCCAGGUGAGAGAGGAUCUGGUGGAGCAACUGGGAAAGCUGGACCCAAGGGAGAGAAAGGAGACCAAGGAAAUGCAGUCAGUUGUGCCAGCUGCCAGCAGCAAGAGACCAGAGCCAGAAACUGCAAAGAGCUUUUAGAACUCGGAGAGACACUGAAUGGCUGGUACACUGUCUAUCCGGUGACAGGGAAAGCAAUGACGGUCUUCUGUGACAUGGAGACUGAUGGGGGAGGAUGGUUGGUAUUCCAGAGGCGGCAGGAUGGAUCAGUGGAUUUCUACCGUGGCUGGCAGUCCUACAAGAAAGGAUUUGGGAACCAAGCUUCUGAAUUCUGGCUGGGCAAUGAUAAAGUCCAUCUUCUCACAAAUUCUGGAGUACAGCAGCUACGGAUCGAUACCAGGGACUUCAAUGACACGAAUACUUAUGCGGCGUACACCACUUUCCGCAUCCUGAGUGAGGAGGAAAACUACCAGCUGCAAGUGGGAGCGUACUUAGGUGGUAACAUGGGUGAUUCCUUCUCAACACAUACUGGCAUGAACUUCUCUACACUGGACAAGGAUAAUGAUAUCCAUGACACAGGAAGCUGUGCGGUGUCCUACAAGGGUGCCUGGUGGUACAGUGUCUGCCACUCUUCCAACCUGAAUGGCCUGUACCUCAAAGGCGAACACACUUCUUACGCCAAUGGCAUCAACUGGGCUACUGGGAAGGGACACCAUUAUUCUUACAAAUAUGCAGAUAUGAAAAUUAGACCACAGUAG